CGCCCGGCCCAGAGUACGAGCCCGUCGCGAGAUGAAACUGUACGUGCUCCUCGCUCUCUGCGUGCUGCAGACGCACGCUGCCUCCAUCAGCGCACCAGAAAAGAAACUCGACGACCUUUCCGACAUCGACCUAGAAAACGUCGUCAGCGAACCUGAACUCGUACAGCAGACGCACGCUGUCAAGGAUAUUGACAACAGUCUCAGAAGUAGCCCCGUUAAUAUACCCGUUAAGGUAAUCGUAGAAAACGUGAAACUAGACGAGAAUUCUAACGACUACGUCCCUGAUAACGAUGACAGUAUCAAUCUUAAGCGAGCUCCUAUCGACCUAAAGAACCCUGGCCCACCGCAACGGCAGCAACAUGAGACACAGAAUCCUGAACACUAUACCGAUGGUCAGAAAGCCGUUUUUACUAUAAAACAAUCGAUUGAAGACACUCAGAAGAUAUUUAGCAGCGGUCUGAAAGGUAUUUCUGAUAAUUUCAAAAAAUUAUUCGCAAAUGACGAACAGUUAUCGACCAUUCAAGAAAACAUAAAUAAACUUAAAAUUACGUUUGGAGAUCAUAUUACGAAAUUGAACGACACGAUUCAGAGCCACAUCGCGCCAGAAAAGGUUUCAAAACCUGAGGACAAUUUUCAGGUUGUUGAAGCCCGUCUCAAAAAUUUGGCAAGCAAUUUCGAUUCCGGGGUCAGUAAGUUAAACGAAGGCGUCGAAUUACUCGCUAUUAUCAAGGAAGAAGACGAAGCCGCAGCAGCAAAGGCUGAAGGUGACGGUGCACCAGCUGAAGCUCAACCCUCUCAGCCAUCUAGCUCUACCCAGGCUCCAACCGAAGAACAAACUAAUUUUAUAUAUCAAUUUUUAAACAAUUUUCAGAAUGGAGUAGUUGGAUCAUUUACAAACUUACAAAACGCUGUACAGAAUUAUUUUGGCCAGAACCCACAGUCAACCUCAGAACAGCCACCUGAGGGUGUACAAGCUGACACUCCCCAGGGUGCUUCAAGUCAAGGAGGAAACUUUGUCACAAAUCUAUUCCAAGGUAUCUCAUUCCCGUCCUUGCCAUCAUUACCUUUCUUGGGACAACAGAACCAACCACAAAAACCAGUUCAGGCGCCAGCGGGAGUAGCGGCCGAUGAACCCGCACCCGUCCAGACCGGUUGGAGGCCGCCGAACUUGGUCGAGCAGGUACAAAACUCGUGGAACAAUAUUGUCAGUGGCAUCCAACAAGGACAAGCACAGCAACAAGCGCAGCCGGCUCCUCCACACUUCUCCGGUGGACCCAUUGCGCAGACUAUACAAGGCAUAGUUUAUAAUUGGAAUAGACCCACCAGCCCACCCCCUGCUGCGGCCGCGGCCGCUAUCCCAGAAAAACCGGCUCAAGAUAAUAGUCAAAAAAAGCCAAAUGAAAUCGGGAGUAAUUCAGUACCAACUUCUUCAUCAGCGGCCCCAAAACCAGAAGAGCCAGCAAAACAAAGCGGGCCAGUCCAGCAGAUAGUUCAAAACAACCCAAUAGUGAAGGGCAUACAGACAGCGGUGCAGAGGCUGCGGAACCCCGAACGACCGAGAGAUGAAGUGCCGGCGCCGGUGGCUAUCGACAGUGACGCCACAAAGGGCCACGGCGGCUCCCAUAACGGGGAUAUUGACAGCAACCGGAUAAAAACUGUUGAAGAAGAGAUCAAUAAAAUUGAGGAAAAGCCAUCAACGAGCGAAGAGCAAGCUGCCGAUGACAUUUUGCCGUUAGCAGAACCCGCCAAGACUGAGUAGAAAGUAGUGUUAUAAGUUUCUUAAAUUAUUUAAAUGUAAAUAAUGAUAUUUCUGUCUAAAUAAACGGAAGUUUUGUAAUUUA